AUGGGUGAGGAUGAGUGGGAGGUGCAGAUUUCCAGUUGCCAAAAGGGAGAGUGCAGCGCUCUAGCUGGUGCUGUGUCUCGCGGCCCCCGCGCCGAGCCCCACUGCAGGCCCCCUCUGCAGGCCCCCACUGCAGGCCCCCACUGCAGGCCCCCUCUGCAGGCCCCCACUGCAGGCCCCCUCUGCAGGCCCCCACUGCAGGCCCCCACUGCAGGCCCCCUCUGCAGGCCCCCUCUGCAGGCCCCCACUGCAGGCCCCCUCUGCAGGCCCCCACUGCAGGCCCCCACUGCAGGCCCCCUCUGCAGGCCCCCUCUGCAGGCCCCCACUGCAGGCCCCCUCUGCAGGCCCCCUCUGCAGGCCCCCUCUGCAGGCCCCCACUGCAGGCCCCCUCUGCAGGCCCCCACUGCAGGCCCCCACUGCAGGCCCCCUCUGCAGGCCCCCUCUGCAGGCCCCCACUGCAGGCCCCCUCUGCAGGCCCCCUCUGCAGGCCCCCUCUGCAGGCCGUCGGGCCGCGGAGGCCACGCGCUCCUUGGCAGACAGUGCGCGCUCGGCCCCUCCGCCCCGGGCCCCGAAGUACGGGGGCGGGAGGCCUGGACUGGGGAGACCCCCGCGCUCCGGCAUUCAGGGAGGCCGGGGGCAGAGCAGGGCCGGCAAGCUCCGGCUUCCCAGCGGCCCGCGGCUGUGUACUUGCGGAAGCCGCUCCCCCGCCCGGUGCGGAGGGGCACGGCCCCGGGAGCUCGGCCCGGCGCGGGGCGCGGCUGCCACGUGGCGGUCACCGCGCGCUCCCGCCCCGGCCACGCUGGCCGCGCUCGGGACCCGGCGGGGCGGCGGGGCGGGGCGGGCCGGGGCGCCGGUGGGAGCCGGCGCGGCAGCGCCACCCGCCGGCCUCGAGGCGUCACUGCAGGCGCAGCGCCGGCCCCGCCCCCCGCCGGCGCUCCAGGCCCACCCGCCCUGCCCAGCCCCCGCCGGCAGCGCCCCCGUCGGUCGCGCGGCGUCACUGCAGGUGCAGCGUCGGUGGCGUCCCGGCCCCCUCCCCCGCCGGCCACGCGGCAUCACUGCAGGCGCAGGGUUGGCCCCGCCCCUGCCCCGCCUCCGCCCCCGCCUCCGAGGCCCGCUCGGGCAACACUGCAGGCCCCGCCCCUGCCCCGCCUCCGCCUCUGA